AUGUCAGAGGUGAAAAUUGAUGAGGCGGCAUUUCGUCGCAGAUUGCAUCAAUUGCAAAAGAACUUAACCACUUCCGACUACUUCAAAUCUGUUAAUGGCUUGUUGAUUAUGGUUGGAUCCAGCGAUGAUUUUAAUCCUUAUCAGAAGUCCACCAUACUCCAUACUUGGUUGCUUGGCUAUGAGUUUCCUGCUACUGGUAUCUAUAUUACUUCCAAGAAAAUCCUGGUGGUUACCUCGGUUGGCAAGGCCAAAUAUCUGUCUCCUUUGAAAAGUUCUCCAAAUGGCAGUUACACGAUGACUAUCUUGUGCAGAAACAAGGAUCCAGAGCACAACCGAAAGUUGUUUGCAGAAUUUCUUGAAGAGAUCCAAAAAUCUGGUAAAAGAAUUGGCAUUUUACCAAGAGAUCACUACCAGGGUAAGUUUAUGGAAGAAUGGAAUCCUAUCUGGGAGGGUGCAAAAGCUCAAUUCGAUCUCGUUGAUGCCUCUGUUGGUGUCUCAAAGACCUUGGAAUUGAAGGAUGAGGAGGAGCAACGUAACUUGCGUGUUGCUUCUCGGGCUUCUACCAACAUGAUGUCGUACUUUACUGAUGAAAUGGGUAGAAUUAUCGAUGAGGAGUUGAAAAUUACAAACUCUCAGUUGGUUGAACAGAUUGAAAACAAGAUUGAUGAUGUCAAGUUUUUUAAGAGAAUGGAGACAGACAAAGCAAUGAAGCGUCUUGGUAACAACUUUGAUCUUAACAACCUUGAUUGGUGCUAUAAGCCUAUCGUCCAAAGUAAUGGUAAGUAUCAGUUGAAGUUUUCUGUUGAGUCUAAUGAUGAAAAAUUAGGCGGUAACGUCAUUAUGUCCUCUCUUGGUAUGAGGUAUAAGAGCUACUGUUCUAAUGUAACUCGUACUUUUUUAAUAGGACCCACCAAAGAAAUGGAGCGGAACUAUGAUUUUCUCUUACGACUACAGAGCAAAGCCUUCAGCCUUCUAAAAGACGGGGCCAUUGCUAGUGAGAUUUAUAAGGCAGUUGCGGAUUAUAUCAAUAAGGAAAGACCUGAUUUGGAUAGUCAUUUCCUGAAAAACAUGGGAUCUCUUAUUGGUAUUGAUUUUCGUGACUCUAACGGUGUAAUCAGCCCUAAAAACGGCCGCCGCUUAAAUGAAGGAUCUGUUGUUAACUUGGUUCUUGGAUUGCAUGAUUUGCAUGAUGACAAGCAGGGUGAUUAUGGUUUGAUGAUCGCUGACACCGUCCGUAUCACAGGUGAAGAACCUAUCAUACUUACUGAUUCUCCCCGUCUCAGAAAGUUUAUUGCCUUCUAUUUUGACGAUGAAGAUGAGGAUACAAGGGAUGAUGCAAAAGUCAAAUCUGAACCCGGAACCACCAAAAUCAAGAAGGAGGUUAAGCGUAGUAGUGAUGCUAAGAUUACUAGUUCUGCAAAUACUCGUGUAUUGAAAGCAAAACAGAGAGCCAAACAGAAAAGCUCUGAAGAAGAUCAGCUGCAAAUCCAGCGUGAAAUACAGAAGGAGUUGCAUGAGCGAAGGCAAAAAGAAGGUCUUGAGAGAUUCAACUCGGAGGCUGCUACCGAAGAUAUUGAAAAGAAACUUGUAUUCAAAAAGUAUGAGUCCUACGUCAGAGAAUCUCAGAUUCCAACCAAUGUAAGAGACUUGAAGAUUCAUAUCGAUUCUAAGAACCAAACCAUCAUUUUACCAAUAUGCGGUAGACCUGUGCCGUUCCAUAUUAACGCUUAUAAAAAUGGUUCCAAGAAUGAAGAGGGCGAGUAUACUCAACUACGUUUGAACUUCAACUUCCCUGGUGUAUCAUCAUCACGAAGAUUGGAGCUGCCAUAUGAGACUGGUGACGACAAACAAUUCAUCCGUAGUAUCACCUUCCGUUCUAAGGAUGGUGCAAGAAUGGCCGAAGUACUUAAGAAGAUUACAGAUAUGAAGAAAGAGGCUGUUAAAAGGGACACAGAUAAAAGAGAAAUGGCCGAUGUUGUUUCGCAGGCCAACUUGGUCGAGGUGAACCGUCCUCGUCGUUUGGAUAAUGUGUUCCUUCGUCCCACCCCAGAUUCCAAAAGAUUUGCUGGUUAUGUGGCCAUCCAUCAGAAUGGUAUUCGAUACCAGUCAUUUGGCAGAGGUGAUCAUAGAGUGAAUGUUUUAUUCUCCAAUAUCAAGCACAUUUUCUUUCAGUCCUGCAAGGGAGAGUUGCUUGUCAUUAUUCAUUGUCAUUUGAAAACGCCGAUUAUGAUUGGAAAGAAAAAGACUUAUAACGUUCAGUUCUACAGAGAGGCUACGGAUGCAUCUAUUGAUGAGACUGGGAGCAGAAAGAGAAGAUACAGAUAUGGUGACGAGGAUGAACUAGAACAAGAACAGGAAGAGCGUAGACGACGUGCCGCCCUUGACAAAGAGUUCAAACAGUUUGCUGAGCAUAUUGCAGAUGCCUCUCAUGGUCUACUCGACUUAGACGUUCCAUUCAGAGAACUUGGCUUUCAAGGUGUUCCAUCCAGGUCAGCCGUUCUUUGCGUGCCAACGAGAGACUGUCUUGUACAAUUGGUUGACCUACCAUUUUUGGUCAUCACGCUUGAAGAAGUUGAGAUUGCCCAUUUGGAAAGAGUCCAAUUUGGUUUAAAGAACUUUGAUCUUGUAUUUGUGUUCAAGGACUUGGGUAAACCAGUUGCUCACAUCUCUACUAUUCCAAUGGAAACGCUUGAAGAUGUUAAAGCAUGGUUGACGGAUGUUGAUAUUCCGUACAGUGAAGGUGCCGUUAAUUUGAACUGGCCAACUAUUAUGAAAACGAUACAAGCCGAUCCAUAUCAGUUUUUUGUCGACGGUGGUUGGUCCUUUUUGUCUAGCGAAAGUGAUUCCGAAAGCGAUGGUGAAGAAAGCGCUGCUGAACCUGACUUUGCUCCCUCUGAUGAAGAUCCUCAAGAUGAUGAUGAGGAAGAUUACUCUGAUGCUGAUGACGCCGAUGCUGACGAUGACGAAAGCGACUUUGAUGAUGGUGAUGAUGACGAUGACGGCGACGCCGAUGAUGACUCGAAUCUUGCCGAAAGUGAUAACAUUUCCGAUGAGGUGUUCGAUGAUUGA